AUGGGCCCCUGUACCGCCUCCUCAUGCUGCUGCCAGGCCGGUAAUCUGUCAUGGGCCCCUGUACCGCCUCCUCAUGCUGCUGCCAGGUCCAGAGUGUGUCAUGGGUCCCUGUACGGCCUCUCCAUUGCUGCUGUCUCCAUCGCCACACUCUGCCAUGUGCCACUUUCAGGUCUCCUCACACUGCUGGUGGGUUCCAUUUUGUCAUAGGGUGCUGGCAGAUUACGGGCCUCCCAUUGCUGCUGCCAGGUCCGUAAUCUGCCAUGGGCCCCCGUACCGACUCCUCAUGCUGCUGCCAGGCCCGUAAUCUGUCAUGGGCCCCUGUACCGCCUCCUCAUGCUGCUGCCAGGUCCAGAGUGUGUCAUGGGUCCCUGUAAGGCCUCCCAUUGCUGCUGUCUCCAUCGCCACACUCUGCCAUGUGCCACUUUCAGGUCUCCUCACACUGCUGGUGGGUUCCAUUUUGUCAUAGGGUGCUG